AUGUUCGACUCGGGACCACCGACAGGACUUCCCCGCGAGCUAAACAUCAACAGCCCUCCAGUGGCCCGUUGCUCCGUUGCUGGAUGUGCGGCCCUCGAAAGGCUUCCCGGUCGGACCAAGUGGGGUGGCGGACUGACCUCCGCGCGUGAGCGAAUGGGCGCCUGUCAGUGGUCUGCAGCGCAGAGGGUGAGUGGUGAAUGGAUCAAUGGGCCAGGGCAGAUCCAGUAA